CACAUCUAGACCACUAUAAUCCCUGACAUGUUGGCUCAUAGGCCUUUCGACGAGAACAGAGGUGCCCGAACCCCGGCGCGUGCUCUCCUCAGGUCCCGCGCGCUUCAAGAAAAUACGGGGACUCAUGGUUUACCCAAGACGGUGAAUAACCGCACAGGGAAACAUGCUCAGUCGUUCUUGCCUGCCACCCUUCAGCCGGAACGCCUUUUUAAACAAGGUGCCUCCAAAGCCGGCGGAAGCAAGAGCAAGGCCACCACGCUCGUCACCGUCGACGGACCGGCUCUCCCUCUGGGCGACAAGACACCGUUCCCGAACCGCGCUCGCCCACGUCCCAGCUCGACACGCAAGAGUUUGCGGGGUACGCCCCUGAAGACGAACGCGAAGGAGCAGCUGGCACCGGAUCGGUUCCAGCAGUUCCAGACGCCCGCGACGAACGGCAACCACUGGGAUGUGAGCGAUACGAGUCUGACGCUUGAGAGCGCGUCCGAGCAGGAGGCGGAGGAAGAGAAGGAGGAUUACGACGAGAUCGAGUAUAUGCCGCCUAAGCAGCCCGAUCUUGCGUACGACCCUCCGUUUGAGCUACCCGACUAUAAAGAAGUCGGCAAGGCGAUCAUGGACUUUGCGUCGUAUGAUGGGCUGUUACACGGCUAUACUUGGAAUCCGCACCUAAAGUUUGAGGAUGCCCCGAGCGACUUCUUCGCGGGUCCUUCGCUAUCCCUUCCCGAGCUCGAAGACGACGAUCCUUUCACCAAACACGCAAAGCCACCAGCUGGUAACCUCCCUGUCGAAACCAAGGAGAAACCAAAGCCAACUGGACGCUUAGCACCCACAUCUACGCACCGCGCCGCCGCUGCAUCGUCCUCUAUACCUACCGCCACCCACAUUGCACGACCAGCUAUAUCAACUAUGUCUAAGCGUAUUGUCAGCACUCCUGCUGCAAGACCCGCGGCAAGACCUGUUACCACCGUGACGCGCCCUGCCCCCACUCGCUCUACGGCACUUGGCGAUGGUGGGGCACGGCCCGUCAAGGCUAUUGUAUCGCAACCUCCACGACCUAGGACGGCUACUUCGAUCCGGCCACCAGCUUCGAGCGGCUCUGUACAUGCAACCAGGCCAGUGACGUCGAUGGCGAGGCGUACACCUGCUACCUCUCAUGCUAUGACGUCAAAGACUUUAGGUCGCACUGCUCCGACCACGCGGCCGCCGCCUGCAGCAAAGGCCGAUGAUGUUCUUGACUUUGAUCUUGAUAGUGGUGAUCUUGUUGGAGAAGACUUCCAGUUCGAUGCCUAG